AGCCAGCGCCAGCAGCGGCAGUCGACUCCAGAGUCCAGCCCGAGAGAGAGAGUGAGAGAGAGAGAGAGGGAGCAGCAUGCAGCUCUCGCGGCCCCGCCGCUCCCCCUGAAUCGAGCCUGCCCCCUUUUUUGCGCGCGUAUACGCGUAUAGAGUGAGAGAAAAAAGUAUAGUUAUAGGAGGAAUAGGAGAACGAAAUAAAAACACACAGUCGAUGCAUGCGCGCAGCGGAGUUUGUUCGACGGCUGCCGCCGCCUCGUGUCGUGCUUUUGUUGUGCAGUGCUGCAGGGGUGCGGGAGCAGAGUCGGCCAGCCCAGCCGAUGACAAUAUUAUGAGCUGCUGGAGCAUCGUCGGCCGGACGACGUGGGACGCGCGCGGGCUGCCGCCAAAGAGGAGGAGCUGGCAGAGGUGAGAGUGUCGCAGACCAGCCGCCGGCAAUAAUGUUGAAGUUCGGCAGCAAGAGCGACGUUACCGUGGUGCAUCGCGCCACUAUCCGACUGCUCGACGACGCCGAGAUUAUUCACUGCGACUUUAAGCCUCAACACAAAGGAAAGUUCAUUUUGGAGUAUGUGUGCAAGCAGCUCAACAUUCUGGAAACAGACUACUUUGGACUUCGCUACGUGGACAGCUGUAGACAAAGGCACUGGUUGGACCUGGCGAAAACGGCGAUCAAGCAGGUCAAAGACACGGAGUCGAUACUCUUCAGCUUCCGCGUGAAAUUCUAUCCGCCGGACCCGCUGCGACUGAAAGAGGAGAUCACGCGCUAUCAGAUUUACCAGCAAUUGAAGAGGGAUCUGCUCCACGGACGACUCUACUGCAGUCCCGGAGAAGCGGCGCUGCUGGCGGCCUGCAUUGUACAAAGUGAGCUGGGAGACUACGAUCCGGAGAUACACGAGGGCAACUACAUAGGCGAGCACAAGCUCCUGCUGAAGCAGACCGAGGCGAUCGAGGAGAAGGCCCUCGAGCUCCACCAGACGCAGCUCAAGGGCUUCACCCCCGAGCAGGCCGAGACCCACUUCCUCAGGCUCGCCUCCCAACUCGACACCUACGCCGUCGAUCCGCACCCCGUCAAGGAUCACAAGGGAACGCCGUUGUACCUCGGCAUCAACCACUGCGGGAUCCUCACGUUCCAGGGCUCCCGCAAAACGAAUCACUUCCGCUGGCCGGAGGUUCAGAAGAUCAACUACGAGGGCAAAAUGUUCAUAGUCCAUCUGACGAUAACCGAGGACAUGAGGACGAAGAAAAAGCACACCGUCGGAUUUAAGUGUCCCACGGGCUCGAACUGCCGUCACGUUUGGAGAUGCGCCAUCGAGCAAAUGCUGUUCUUCACGCUGCCACGCGCCUCGGACGCACCGGUCAUGAGCGGCGGCUCGAUCUUCUCCUGGGGCACCAAGUUCAAGUACACCGGACGGACGGAGCGCGAGGUCCUGGAGGAGACGGGCCCGCUGCGCAAGGAGGAGCCGCCGAUCCAGCGCUGCCACUCGACCGGCCUCAGGCGGAAGGCGAGCAGCGUGCCCGCGACGCCCAGCACACCCAGUCAGGAUCUUGUUGAAAUUCGAUACUCGAGUCUGCCGAGGAGCUGCCACAGCGCGGGCCUGGACGGCGCAGGUAUGUCCGACAUCGGCAGCGGUAUGCCUCUCAGCUCGCCCUACUGCCCCGACAACACGCUGCCGCUCCUCGAGACCGUCUCCGAGGACCAGGAGAUCCACACGAGGAGGAACAAUGCGUUAGACGAAACGAAUUCGCAUGCGAGUGCCACCACCACAACCUGUUACACCACAACCUCUACCGCCACCACCACAACCACCACCACCACCACCACCACCACAACCACCGCGUCUUCUUCUACUACUACCACCGCCACCACCAACACCACAAUAAACCCUGCGCCGAGAAAACUAAAAUUCCCAAAGAGCACCCAGCAGACGCGCCCGCAAGCCCUCUAUAGUCAGAGAAUCGUGAUAGGCUCCGAGGAGCUCCACGGCCGGGAUAUCGAUAACGUCGUGCGCCAGAAAAUCGAUGCCCUCGAGAAAAGUCCCAAGGUCGUCAGGUCGACGGCCCUGAUCGUCAAGCGAUCGGUCGCCCCGGCCAAGCCGCGCCCGCCGCAGCCGCAGCAAGCUCGUCAGCAGCCGGUUUCGUGCGGCGCGAGCACCAGCAGCAGCACCACCUCCACCACCACCACCGCCACCAGGCUCAUGCCGAACGGCGAGCUCAGCUCGAGGACAGGCGCCACCGGCAGGGGACGGGCCGAGGACGUCGUCGACGCCGGUGCAGUAAAUAUCCGCCGGGUUGCAGCAUCGUCAACCGAACGGUCCGCUCUAACGCGUUACUCUGCCACGUCUGUUCGCAGUCUGCCAGCACGACUACGACAGCGACUACUACUUCCGGGACUCGUUCGACCACUCGUCCUCGGAGAGCCAGCUGCUGGAGGCCAAGCCCGGCGGCGUCCACGGCAGCGUCCACGGCAGCAGCCGCUCCAUAGCCCCUGUCCCGAAGAUGCAGCGGCUCCAGAACUCCAAGAUCUGCAACGUCGGCCAGACGGCUCUGGGCUCGACGAGCACCGCCCUGACCGCCGCCUCCUCGGCCGCGGCCGCGGCGGCCCGUCACCGCGGCCAGAUGUCCCCCGCGACCAACACCGUCGGCAACAUCGCCAACUCGCGCAUGGCCAAGCGCACCCUGCGAGUGGUCAAGCUCUUCAUACCGGCGCUCAUGCUCACCAUCACCGUGCUGUUCAUCGUCACCGUCCUCGUCUUCGAGACCGACUCGAAGCUCUUCGAGGGCCUGCGGAAGACCCCGGAGAUGGUCGCGCUCAGAGCCCAGUACUACGCGCCCAUCAAGGACUUUCUCAAGACCAAGCUCGGUCUCUUCUGAUCACGAUGGCUCGAGCAGAGCCAGCCGACAGUCACGGCUACCUCGUCGUUGUUCGUCGCGUAGACAGUGCCGCCUACGUCUCUCGCUGUCUAUCUCUCUCUCUCUCUCUCUCUGCACAUCGACUGCAGUGUACCUAUGCUCUUUCUACUUGUUCAAAGUGAUUUCUCCGAGUUCUCCGAUUCUACGCCUCGCGUGUGCUGCUCUUUGCGGAAAAACGAUUGUCAAACGAUAACUUGCUUAUUAUUUCUCAAUCCAAACGCGUAAACUCUCUGUUAUUGAUUUCAUGUUUUUGCUGAGCAAGAAUGCGAGCUGGUUCGCGGAGCCUCGAAGCAGUGGCGUAUCGUCACGUAAUGUACAGUAGUUGAGCUUUUUUAUUACGGGUUUGUACUCGAAGCGCGCGUUUCGAGCUUUACAUAACUUGCAUGACAGUUGUAGUUCAAAAUUUUCCCCGCGGUUUGAUAAAUAGUCGAGUACUCGCUUUUGCAUUCAACUUGCGUUCGAUAUUUUAAUCCUUCUGAGACUACGAUUGUUUAUUGCCUUUAGGCCCUAGUGCGGUUUUGAGCUAAUCUUCGAGACGAUACACGCCAGCUUCUUCGAAAUUCUGCGACCUACUCGUCACUCGUUAUCAGUUACUUCGAAGUAGGCGACAAUGUUUGUGUAAAAAAUGCUCCUGGCUGCGAUCGACGCGAGUGCCAAUGUUAAUUGUAUAUCUGACGACAAAAAUUGAAAAUUGAAGAAAAAAAAAAGAUAACAGUGUGUGUUCUACUGCUAGGAAUCACUUGUAUAUAAUAAAUGUACGGCGCAACAUGAGAUUGCAAAAACGAAGACCCGAUGAUUGCAGUUUUGCUUCUUUACUGAGUUACGUCACAAAUGUCCACGUACGCCUUAAAAAGUAAUGUGUAUCUCUUACACAUACAGACAAAAAGUAUGCUAAAUAAUAACUAACUAAAUCAAUAAACGCUUUGAAAGAAAAAUAUAUAAAAAGUAUAUAUAUAUACAUAUAUAUAUAUACAUAUAUAAAUAAAGGGAUGAUUUGACGGUCGUGAAUUGAGAUUACGUGAAUCACGCGCUAUAUUAUAUUAUACGCCACAUAAAUAUUUGUCGAUGAUUAUGAAAAUCAAGCAGAGAGGAUUAAUCAAAAGCAAAAGUCGACGGAAACGGUGAGAAACACGAGUAGUUGUUGCAGAAAUCAGCAACAUCUUCUCUUGCUCUUCAUUACGUUACGAAAGCAGAAAUGAAUUCAAUCCGCGUGCAUUUCCAACAAAUCGAAAAAAAACUUGAUGGUCUUCCGACAACGUCCUUCAAAAUGGAUGAUCUGCGCUUAUUUUCGCACUAGUAGCUGGCUUGUUUUCUCUACUGUCACUAUUCCAUGAUGAUUUUUCAAACUCGGAAAGUUUUAUUUUUGCAAGAGUUUUACGUGUAAAAAUCAUAUAUCAAAGCAACCUUUCUCAUAACUUGUCAAUCAAAAUUAUAAAAGCGUCGAAUGUUCUUUGUGCUAGAAAUCUUUUUCCAUCUCUGGAGUAUUUAAAUCAAAAUAUCAUUGCUUCAACAGUCAGUAGAUUGAAUUGUAUAUGAAAUAUUAACAGAUAAGGAAUGAGCCACGCUUGCAAAAAUAUACAUUCGUGAACUACCGAUAUGAAAUUUCAUGUAAUAGAGAAUUAUUUUAUCAUUAAAAUACGUAGAGACAGCAUCGACUCAUGAAAGCGUAUGUUAUGUAUAUUAUAUAUAAUAAUAAAAAACAUAAUAAUUAUUAGAUGUCUAGAAAGACAAUUCCAAUAGCUGAUAAAGGAAAUUAAGCAAAGUAAGUAGACAAAAAGCAAACGCAACGGUCAACGAAAAAGCAAUUCACCGUUUUGUAUGUAGUGUGAUCGCAUUCCAUUUUUUUCCGACGCGCAGUGGAUCUUUGCACUUUUUACAUUUACUUGUUUUAAAAAGCGAUACAUGUGCAUUAAACUUUGACAGAGCGCUUAUCACAGCUAUAAAACUCUUUCUCGCUACGAUUUCGCAAAUGCAGCCUCGCGCCUUCAUUUAUUAAGGCCUAUUUCAAAGAAAUAUAUUACGCGAACACUGAAAGUACGGUAUACUGAAAUCAAUAAUGCGUUGUUUCACUUUGAUGACAAAAAUACAAUAAAAAAUAUCCGUGUCACUAAAAAUAAUUGCAAAUGACAUUUGGAAGCCUGACUCGCAUGCGUGAAAUCGAAGCUUAUUGAAAAUAUACACAUAACCCAUUUUUUCCUAAAAGUGCCUAUAACGCUGUCCUUUAAAACUUCGGCGAGUCAAGCGAUUGAGUACUGUAAAAUGAGAAAAAUAAUAAAACCGCAAAAAUCGAAAGAUUCACAUUGGCGGAUCUGCGGGACGAUCAACAAAAGAAAAUUAAAAAAAAAACUAAAAGGCUUACAACAAUUUUUCAUAAUAUUUAUCUCUCUCAUCCGCGCUUUGCAAUACAAAAGAAUAACAAGCGAAUCUAUAAACCGCAUAUUGUACAGCAAAGUAAUAAUUUAUUACAGGCGAGAAGCCGUAAAACUGAAGAUUCAAAUAUUGAUGCAGACGCCGAGCUAUACGUAUAUAUAUAUAUUGUGUAAGUAAUAUGUUCUCUGGCUUUUUUAUCGCGACAGUUUUGAGGAUACGAAACAAAUUGUCGUUAUCACGCGCAUUAUGUACAUUAGUAAGUUGCAUGACGACUUUCAAUAGAGAGAACGUUUGUCGUGAUAUGUAUAAAUAUACGGAUGUCAAUUGCAAAAAAAAUUUAAUCUAAUAGAUACUUAUGUAAAAAAAUGAAUACUAAUGAUGAUAAAGAGAUAUUGAGAAACGAAUAAGAUCACGGGCAAAUCAAUUUUGUUAUUAAAGUAAUUAAAAUUAAUUUUUUUUCUUGCAUACAAUAGAGAUUUGAAAACGAUGCAUCAUGGGAAUGAAUACAAUUUUUCAUAAUUUCAGCAAUUAAUAAUUUCCUGUAAAAUUAUCGAAUUCAUUAAAAGUGCGAAAGAGAUAAGUAAGCAUUGUUAAAGAAAUUAAAGGUAACUCUAAGAAACUCUUUUCACUGUAACUAAAAGCUCUGUGCGAUCUGCGUAAGUAAAUAUAAAUGCAAUGAAGCAGUGGAAAAAUCGAUAAAACGUGCAAUACAAAUCAUGACAGAUAAUCGUUAAAUAGUUCUUGUUAUAACGGGAGUGGGUGCGAUGUUGUUUCGUGAUUUAUUUUAUUCAAUGUAAUUUAUAUUUAAUUUACGAUUGUGCUGUAUAAGAUUGAUAAUUUUUAAAUGGCAUUUUUAUGUUACAAUGCACUCGUUAUAUCAUUGUUAUUGCCUCAAUUACUACUUAUAGUUUCUCUCAUGUAUAAAAUAAGUGUUGAUUUAUUCAUAAAAGAUAUCGCUUUAAAAACUUUGAUUUUUUAACUCCGUUGACGAAGAAUUGUACGGUAUGAGAACGAAUUAUUCUUUACUUUACUUAAAAAUAAGUAUUUCUUUAUAUCUUAUCUACUUUUAUUUUUUAUAAUUUGGUAUAAGACGAAUCUAUUUUUGUUGGUGCGAUAGAUAUAAUUCUAGUACAAAUAAGCGAUCUUUUAUGUAGCAAAGUGAUUAAAGAAUAAUUUGGUAAUUCAAUUAUGAUAAAUGAAAAAAUAUGAAAAAAACACGAAAAAAGUUUUUCGGUAUAUGAUUUAUCUUUUGGAUAGAAAUAACGCCGAGUGUUAGUAACGAUAAUAAUAUUAUUAAAAACAAAAUAUAAAUGAUGAAUGAUGCAAAGAUAAGUAACCGGACAAAUAAAAGAUUGCUAUGAUCAGAGAAGUCAAAUUUUGUGGUCACAGACGCCAAAUAUGUGACAUAAACUUCGAAUUAAGGUUCGAGGUAGAUUGCGCGUAAAAAUAGAUAAUAUAUACCAACCUGUUUCUCAAUUACAAUCAACAAUAUUUGUACUUCUCACCAACAAAAUAAUAUCAUAUUCGUUCUUGCAGAGUGAAUCAUGAAAGAAAGAUAAAAUAUGAAAUAUGAAAUAGAGGCAUAAUAGAAUAGACAUUCUAAAAGAAAUACAAUCAUACUUUCUGUUAUUUAACGUACAAACUGCGAACAUUUUUUGAUGUGCCGCGAUAAUUUUUCUCGCGAAGCUUGUAGAAAAGAAAGAAAAGUGUUAAAUAUUGAGCAAGAUAUGCAUCAGUGUAUGUGAAUUGAAGAAAAGCCAUUUUUGUAUAAAUAAUGAAAAAUCUAUGGCGUAGAUAUGAAAGUGUGAUAUAUAAGAAGAAAAAAAAAGAAAAAAAUGAGCGUGAUUUAUUUAAUCAAAAGCUAAUCAUUAAUCCAUCAAGACUUUUGUAUGCUUGCCCUAGUAGCAAUCUCAGUCACGGUUGAGCAAAAUGAGUACUUCAAAGAUCUGAAGAAAGAAAAUACACGUAAAAACCAUUAAGCAUAAAAAUUAUUAGCUACAUACUAUGAAAAUAAUGAUGUGUAAAUAUACAAUGUUUUGUAAGACAGCAUUUUUAAUGAAAACAAUUGACUUCAACGGAUUGUAUAAUUGGCUGUAUUAAAAGAUAAUUAUAAUAAUAA